CCCCAUCGCUAUCCAUCUACCCCGCGUAGCCUGUAAUCCCGACUCGAUCUAGCCCAUUCAUCACGCUCCUUUACACACUCUCCCACUCCUUCCGAAAAUGCUCUUCAAGACCCUUCUCGUCACCGCCUUGGUCUCCCUGACCAGUGUCCAUGCUCAAGCGGCCGUUCCCGACCCUACCACGGUCCCGGCGGCUUGUGCUACUCAAUGUGCGGAUAUCAUCGAGACUGCCACCCUAUGCACUCGAGAGUACGGAUCUACCAACGAGACCUCCCUGGCCGCCUGCCUCUGCUCCUCCAUCCCCCCUACCUCCGCACUGAACACCUGCACCAAAUGCCUCGACUCCAACUCGGCCGGAUCCUUGUCGGAUUCGCUCGCCCAGCUACCUCAAGUCUGCGAGAAAGCGCUCGAUAGCUGUGCUUUCGAGUGCGAUUUCCCUACUUGCGAUGCCAAGGAUGUGGACUGUCAGUGCGGGGAAGAUUACUUGCAAAACAUCUUCAACUGCGCGAGCUGCAACUCUAAAAACGGUAACACCGGUGCGACUACCCUGACCAACUACAACGAGCUCAAGAAUUCGUGUGUCAACCAAAACUACACCGAAAUCCCUUCAUCGACCGAGCCUCUUCCUUCUCCUACGGGCCAGGACGGAUACGUUGCUCCUACUUUGAGCGGGGCUUCGAGUACCAGGGUCGCAAGCAGCACCGGACGUUCUUCGAGCACCGCCCCCGCCGCUUCUACCUCUGCGUCUGCUCGUUCGUCCGCCUCGAACACGGCCAGCUCCGUCCGAUCGGCCGCUCAAUCUGCAGCAGCUGGUACUUCCCCUGCUUCCACCUCUGCCGGGGCCAUCCCCGCUUCUUCCACCAACACCCCGGCCAACUCUGGAUUCAAGAUCUCUUCUCCCGGCCACUUGCUCGGAGGAGCGGGUUUGAUGAUGGUCAUUGGCCUUGCGGGUCUGAUCUAAGCCCCGGUUCUGGAGUAGGGCGAGGAGGUUGUGUUUGGCAGAAUUUCCGCUGGUCGGUUCUGAUCUGCUAGGAUAUUGAUUUUUACGUAGUAUAUAGAGCACGAUUGUUUUCGCUGAUACCUUCCUUGACGUUUGAAAUGAAUUGAGCAUCCAACGUCUGCGAUGUUUCAUCAUGUGACAAAAAUACUCUCUC